GCCGAGUUUUAUUCUGUGAUCACCAUUUCUCGUUGAAGCCUCGGGUCGCCGACAAGUGUUUGAUUAAAAUUUGAAGAUCUAUUAAAUACAAUAACUUUUAUUAAAAAAGACCGAUCAUGUCGCGCGUUAGUGAGAGCAAAUUGGAAAAGGAAAACAUCUCCGAGGGUGUGGAAAAAAUGUCUAUAAAGCAUGUUCGCAAAGUUCUGACAGAGAGUGGAGCCAACGUGCCUCAAGCAAUGGAUUCACACGAAAAACCAAGCAAUGCAAACGAACUCGCCAAGCCAGAGAAAGAAUUGACCACGUUCGAUCCGUCGAUUGAGCCUUUGCUUCGAGAGAAUCCACGAAGGUUUGUUAUUUUCCCUAUCCAGUACCAUGACAUCUGGAAGAUGUACAAAAAGGCUGAAGCAUCAUUUUGGACAGUAGAGGAAGUUGAUCUGUCCAAGGACAUGAAGGAUUGGGAAAAACUAAAAUCGGGCGAAAAGCACUUUAUCUCGCAUGUGCUAGCCUUUUUUGCGGCUUCCGAUGGUAUUGUCAACGAGAACCUUGUGGAACGCUUCAGUCAGGAGGUGCAAGUGACCGAAGCCCGUUGCUUCUACGGUUUCCAGAUUGCUAUGGAAAAUGUGCAUAGUGAGAUGUAUUCCUUGCUCAUUGAUACCUACAUUCGAGACCCCAAAGAACGCGACCAUCUAUUCAAUGCAAUCGAAACCCUACCCUGUGUGAAGAGGAAAGCUGACUGGGCACUGAACUGGAUAGCAAGUAAGCAGGCAAACUUCGGCGAACGAAUUGUCGCGUUCGCUGCUGUAGAGGGAAUCUUCUUUAGUGGCAGUUUUGCGGCCAUUUUUUGGCUGAAGAAACGGGGCCUAAUGCCGGGACUAACAUUUUCCAACGAGCUGAUUUCACGUGACGAGGGGCUCCACACAGAUUUCGCGUGCUUGAUGUUUAGAUAUCUGGUACAGAAGCCAUCGCAAGAACGUGUAAUAGAAAUUAUUCGGGAAGCAGUCGUUAUUGAGCAGGAAUUUUUGACUAAAGCCUUACCGGUUGACCUGCUCGGUAUGAACUGUGAUCUGAUGUCUCAAUACAUAGAAUUCGUCGCGGAUCGGUUAUUGUUGGAACUGGGAAUCGAUAAGAUUUAUAACACGAAGAACCCGUUCAGUUUUAUGGAGUUUAUCUCACUUGAAGGAAAGACUAACUUCUUCGAGAAAAAGGUUGGAGAAUACCAAAAAUGGGGUGUGAUGGCAAAUCGACUUGAUAACGUAUUCACUUUGGAUGCUGAUUUCUAGGACUAUUCGUAAACGAAUAUUAUUAAAUAGUGUUUGAAACGGAUAAUACGCAAUGACCACUGAACAAUUUUGACUUGACCCCCUGUAUGACAUCGGUUGCUACCAAUGCUCAUUUGAAAUUGUAUAUUAGAUUUAUCGGAACCUAUAUUUUUACGGCAAAGACAGUAGCAAAUGAUAUGAAUUUCAGUUGAAUCGCCACCGUCAAUAAGUUCAGCAUCUAUUUCUACUAGUUUAAUAAGACGAACUUGAGUGUUUCUAUGUUAGAAUAAUUUUAUACACGCACAUUUAUAUGGAUGAACGAUCUCCUUAACGUUGUAAAUAAACGUAUUUUUGAAACGUUCUGUGAACAAUA